GCCACAGCCCAGCCGCGGGCUGCGCCUCCUGCUAGGCAACGUUACUGUGGAAGAUUAGUCAGAUGCCUCCUGCACAUUCUCCACAUCACAUGCUGUAUCAUGCAAGCCUUGAAACACUGUUCACAUAAUUUAAAUGAAAGAAUAAUUAGAUGAGCAUAAUGGAAGGCACUCAUACUAUCCUCCAAUUACACAGACCCAUUAUGGAACUCUGUUACAUCAGCUUCUAUCUUCCAAAGGGAAAAGUCAGAGGAUUUACAUACAAGGGCUGUGUAACUCUCAACAAAGCCAAUAAACGUUUUCAUAACUGCUAUCAAGUAAGAGAAAAGUCAGAGACAACAGAACCGAGAGAGCAACUUUAUGAAAAUGUUGGAGAUAUUUUCUUCAAGCAAACGACCACUAAAGAUAUUCUCACUGAUCUGUAUAAACUAAGUGCUGAAAAAGAGAAGCUGUUAGCUAACCUGCUCAGUUCACACAACAUUCUGGGUAUUAAAAUGGGAAAUCAAGAGGGGAAGCUGAAGGAAGCCUCUGAAGGACUGAAAUGUAAAGAUGAUCUCUUAAAUUUCAAGGAUCAACAGGAAUCCUUUCUGGGAUCCACAGAUAAUAAACCCAGCUUGAAAAACAAGAAGAUGAGGAAAACUGGCAGAAGGAGAGAGAGCUUGGAGGAGUUCAUAAACAAGAAAGUGAAAAAGAAGGGUCAGAGCGCUUUGGAACAUUCUGUGUUAAACAGGACAGAAAUGAAACUCGGAAAUAACAGGACACUUUCUACCAAAUUUUCUGCUGGCAUCUCUCCUGAUUCCUUUUCCAGUUCUAAUUACCUGGUGGUAGAAGAAAAGGAUGAUUUACCAUUUGGAAUUAACAUACCACAAGAAAGAUGGAGAAAAGAUGACUACUUUCUUGAGUGCAGUGGGAUUUCGAGAUCAGACACAUACCCGUCUGAUUCUCUAUCUGAAUAUGAGAAUCAUGUGUUUGGAAGUUGUAUUACAGAUCCCAGCACUGGUCUAUUAGGUGAUGUAGAGGGUACACUUAAAGGAAUGAAGUUGCAGUGGAGCAGUCCUUUACCAAACUCUUUUCAAGAUAGUUUACCUAAUAGAUUUGAGGCCUUAAACCAGACAGAAGCAAAUGAAAGCCUGUGUAAUUUUGAGUAUACUGAGCAAACAUGCAUUAAGAAACCUGCAGCCAGAGUUGUAGCUAAAGUACAGGAUUUGAAAGCUUGUGUUCAGAGAGUUAUAAAAACACAUACAGAGCCUGAUGUUAUUUCUUACACCGUUACUCAGGAAGAUAAGGAAGCUGUUACACCUGUUCUCUCUGGAGUGUGCAGUGAAUUUAUACCAAAAGCUGAAGUAUUCAAUGUUGGAGAAGCUGCUGUAAACUCUAAAUACACUGUGAUGCAGGAAAAGGAGCACAAUGACUGUGCUUUGCAGUGCAAAGCAGAGAGCCUGCCGAUUAUUGAUGAGUCAUGCAACCUUGUGGGAGCAGUCAAUAAAACCCUUCUGAAAAUUAUCCAGAAUGACAGUUUAGAUGAAGCUGCAGAAUGGAAGAGACUACAACAAAUUACAAGAGCAGACAAAAACCUACCAGGCUCAAUAUAUGACAAAAGAGCUACAGAACCCCUGGAGAGCAACAAAUGUUUGUUUUUAAAUCUGCCAAUACAUUUAAGAACUGAUAUUUCUCAGACAAGCACCAACCUUAAACCGGAAGAGAAAAGGCAACUAUCGCCCUCUUUAGUUGCUGUCUGUAAUGUUUUUAAUAAUUCAUAUCCAGGAUCCAACAUACACAAACAAAUGUCACCUAUUCCUUCUCCUUUAUCUUCAAGACUGCCUAGUCCACAGCUGCACCAUAGGAUUCUUCCAUUGCCUCCACAGAACACUGAAGAACAAUCUGUGUUGAAUGACUGUCACAGUGGGAGACAUGAUGCCACAAACCUCUCCUUUGCUAAUGAUUUGGAAUCACAGUUCUAUCUCAAGCUUUCUGAAUCUGAAGAAUUAGGAUUUUCUAUAGAACAACCAGACCAGCAUCAGUUCACAGCUGGAGAGCAUUUGGAAAAAUGCACUUUGCAAGAAAAACUAACUACUCAUACACAGCAGCAUCUAUAUCCAGGUUUUCUACCAGAGACUGCUUUGAAGGAUAACUUUACUGAACAACCAACUAAGAGAGAGGUCACAAAUAAAGAUGAAGAUCUCUGGGUUUGGGGUUUCGGUUUGGAACAAUCUGAGCCAUAUGCAGAUUGUAAUAAAGGAAAAAGAGUUGACAGAAAUAUAUUGCACCUGAACCUCGACCUGAAUCCUGACCUGAAUCCCUCAGAGCAAGAUGACAAAACUCCAGGGAGACUCCACGCUAUUUGGCCACCACCUGAAAUUAAUGCUGGAAAAGAAAAAGCAGGGUUAAAAUACACUGAAGCAGCUCACCUAAAACUUUACAAGGAGAGACCAUCAGAGUACCAUGCUGCCAUUUUGCAAUUAAAGAGGGAGCACAAGGAAGAAGUUGAAAAAUUAAAGUCUCAGUUUGAACUCCAGAUCUUUCGUAUUCGGGGAGAGCAUGCUGUAUCAACUACAAAGCUUGAAGAAACCAUUGCAAAUCUCAAAGAUGAUCUGGAAAACAAAUUAAAUAGAAGAAAUGAAAAAGCAAAGGAUGUCUGUGUGUCCACUGAAGAUGAUAACCCACCAAAGACUUACAGAAAUGUAUAUAUACAAACUGACAGAGAAACCUUCAUAAAGCCUGAUCAAGAAGAAAAUAAACCUGUGAAGAAUAAUCAAAUGGUACCUAAAAAGCUUAAUAUUUUGUCUUUAAAUCAUAAUCAUUCUGCCUCAAAUGACAGUCAGGAGCUAGGUCACUGUACACAGACUUUAGAAAGCCUCUCAUCUUGUGAACAGAAACCAAUGUUGGUAUCUCUGACACCCCCACCCCCACCUCCACUUCCUGAACCUUCACAAUCAGCAUUAGUCCCGCCACCACCUCCCUUGCUACCAGAUUUGGCAUCCACUCCAUUGACAUCCCAAUUUAGAUCUGGGUCAUCUCCACUUCCUUCUGGUUGUGGGAAUCUUCAGCUGCUGCCGCCACCACCACCACCACCUCCACCACUGCUCCCGGGUUAUGGACCUCCUGCUCCACCUCCCCUGCCUGGCUGUGGGCCGCCUCCACCAGGAAAUGGGCCGCCUCCACCACCACCACCUCCUGGGUUCUUUUUCAAUAGCACUUUAUCUUCAAAUCAAGGUCCUCGAAAGCCUGCCAUUGAACCUAACUGUCCCAUGAAGCCUUUGUACUGGACUAGGAUACAAAUCAAAGACAGCAGCAAAACAUCUAUACCAACUUUAUGGGACUCAUUAGAAGAACCUGACAUAGUUGAUACUAGUGAAUUUGAAUAUUUAUUUUCCAAAAAUGCAGUUCAGGAAAAAAGAAAACGCUUAUCAGAGGCUUAUGAAAAGAAAACAAAGGCCAAAAAGAUUAUCAAACUAUUGGAUGGAAAGAGAUCUCAAACUGUAGGAAUUUUGAUAUCUAGUUUGCACCUGGAAAUGAAGGAUAUUCAACAAGCUACACUAAAUGUGGAUAAUUCCAUAGUAGACCUGGAAACACUAGAAGCACUGUAUGAAAAUAGAGCACAAAAGGAUGAACUGGAGAAAAUAAAGCAGUAUUAUGAGACUUCAAAAGAAGAGGAACUGAAGCUCUUGGACAAACCAGAACAAUUUUUGUAUGAAUUAUCCCAGAUCCCCAAUUUUGCAGAACGAGCCCAAUGUAUCAUCUUCCAAUCUGUUUUCUCUGAGGGAAUAACCUCAGUGCAUCGUAAAGUGGAUGUUAUUACUUGUGUUUCUAAGGGUUUGUUGGGGAUGAAAAGUGUGAAGGAAAUUUUAGGCUUGAUAUUGGCUUUUGGAAAUUAUAUGAAUGGGGGGAACAGAACAAGAGGUCAAGCAGAUGGAUUUGGAUUGGAAAUUCUUCCCAAACUGAAGGAUGUCAAAAGCAGAGAUAACGGUAUUAAUCUUGUGGAUUAUGUUGUCAUAUAUUACCUACGGCACUUUGACAAGGAUGCAGGGACAGACAAGAGUAUUUUCCCUCUACCAGAACCACAAGAUUUCUUCCAGGCCUCCCAAGUUAAGUUUGAAGACCUAAUAAAAGACUUAAGGAAACUGAAAAGAGAUCUAGGAGCCCAUGAAAAGCAGAUGAAAAUCGUUUGUGAAGAAUCUUCAGAACAUCAUCUACAGCCCUUCAAGGAUAAAUUAGAAGAGUUUUUUCAGAAAGCUGAAGAAGAGCAUAAAACAGAAGAGAACUGUUUGGAGAAUGCACAAAAAAGCUUUGAAGAAACAGUGGGAUACUUUGGGAUAAAGCCAAAAUCUGGCGAGAAGGAGGUCACACCAAACUAUGUCUUCACUGUGUGGUACGAGUUCUGCAGCGACUUCAAGACCAUUUGGAAACGAGAGAGUAAAAACAUUUCCAAAGAAAGGCUGAAAAUGGCCCAGCAAUUUGUAAACAAGUUAACGGAAGAGAAAAAGGUUGAAACAAAGAAAAUUAAUCCCAUGGCUAGUCUGAAAGAAAAACUACGUCAGAAGGAAGCCAGUGUGACCACUAACUGAAAGAAGACACAUGAUUAUAUUGACAGUGUGACUUAAUACCGUGCAUGAUGCUUUAAUAUGCCAAUUCCCCAGGGAGUACCUUAUGUUAAUGUUAUGGAGUUCUGCUUUUCUCAUCUCUUUCUGAGACAAUCUACUAAAAGCUUUUCAGUCCCUUAUAAAGAGUUUGCUCAUUCAGUUGAGGGAACACAAAGAAGCUGUUUACAGGGAGUUAUGAAGGGUUUUAUAUAACUCUUGCUUACAGAGCUUAAAGUGCAGUUCUUUUCUAAAUAGUUAUUUCAAGUACUCUAUGCAUAGUCCACUAAUGUGGAAAAGAUAAAAUCAGGAUUUUGGAUGUUGAAUUAAGUAACAGCUAGCAAUCUAUAUAUUGCUCACUUUAGCUUCAAGUAGAUCAACACAGAGGUACAGUUCAACUCAUGAGAAGCUAUUCUAUCAUAAGUUUUCAGACCUCACUAUAAAUUGGGGGAAAUACUGAUUCUAAAUAAUUUUGAUAGUCUAAAUAAGUAUUAAAUUAAUCUUUGCUAAAACUGAUGCAAGUUUAUUAUAAUUAAUGUAUUCUGUAUUUUAUUACAAUUAUUUUUAUAGAAAAUUUCAUCUAUGCCAUAUACAUUGAAACAAUAUUUUGCCCAUGUGGAGAGAGAAAUAGCUUCAGAUUAUGUUCUUAUAAUAUGUAGAUGAUCUAACUAAGAAAUUAUUUUCAUGGUUUUGACUUGAUGUUUCUUACAUGUUCUUCAUGUUGUCUGAUGCAAAGAGAUAAAGGACAGAAGCAUUUUUAACUUAAAUUAUCAAUGUCAUAAGAUAAUUUAUUCACCAUUCAUCUAACUAUAGUGCAUAAAACAUCUCCAUAAAAUCAUAUAUGUACUGCUACAUUUCUGACUUUCAAUUCUAUUGAAGCUCCUAUUCUUUAACAGUAAGCACCUCACUGUAAAAUAUAUUGUACAGCCUGCUAUUGUCUCCCUGUAUAUUUAUAUCUGUGUGUCUAACACAAACAUGUACUCUGGUAGAAUUUGAAGGGAUAGUAAGAGAAUCUUGCCAUCAUCUUGUCACAAUAUAACCACUCUGUGUGAAGAGUCAUUUAGGGCCUGAACUCUUAAACUACUGAGUGUUCUGAGCUCCACUGGUACUUUCAGGCACUCGUUAUAUCACAGAAUCAGUUUCCUAGAAGUAGAGAUCAUUGCAGCAGAAAAAAGAGGUAGAACAAAAACAUUGACAAUUAAAAAUAGAUAGAACUUUUGUUAUAGACUAACAAACUACAACUAAACAAGAAACUGUAGGGAACUUACAAAGAAAACUUUCCACAAUAACUAAACCAUAAAAACCUCCUGUCUACUAGAAUCAUUACAAUAUAUGGCCAAUACAAAUGAAAUAUUGAUGAUGCAAAAAGUAUAGGACAUAUAGAGUAUGUCUACACAGCAGCAUUAUUUCUGAAUAAUGAAUGUUAUUCCAAAAUAACCUAUUGAGCAUCUACAUAGCAAUUUAUUAUUUCAA